GCAGGUUAUAACCUACUUUAUUAAAUAAUUAACGUUAAGUUAUGUAACCUUAAUGUCAAUAUAAUUUUCAUUAUCAAAUUAUCAAUAUACGCAUGUGAUAAGCUAAAAGCUAACACGACGGUUCGACGUUACAACACAGCACAGCAUACAAUCGACAAACUUUUAUUGUUCUAAAUUAUUAUGGCAAAGGCAAUUGUGAAUGAUUUGAUACAAAUUUUUAAAAGCGGUGUAACAGCGGUCUUACCAGAGAAUAUCGUAAAAAAAUGUUUAAAUUACAGUCCUAUUACACAGAAUCUAAAAGUUUGCGAAGAAAAUUACGACUUAAAAAACAAGAAAGUCUACGUAAUCGGAACUGGAAAAGCUGCACAAAAUAUGGCUGUUGAAGUUGAGAAAUUAUUAGGAAGAAAAAUCACUGAAGGAAUAAUUAGUAUACCCAAAGGAAGCUUAAAUAAGAAUUUAAUUAAAAAUAAUAUAUCUUAUUAUGAAGGUGCCAAAGACAAUUUACCAGAUACAGAAGCUAUGAUUACAGCUAAAAAAAUUGAUCAUCUCAUAACAAAUCUAGGGAAAGAUGAUUUCCUUUUAGUCCUUAUAUCAGGAGGUGGCUCGGCUUUACUACCUUUACCAGUAGAACCAAUAAGCCUAAGUGAAAAAACUACAUUGAUAAAACAAUUAGCAAAUUCAGGUGCAGAUAUUAAAGAGUUAAAUACUGUUAGAAAAAGGAUAUCUGCUCUAAAAGGAGGAGAAUUGGCUUUAAAAAGUAAAGCAAACAAAACUAUUGCUCUAAUACUUUCUGAUAUAGUUGGUGAUCCAUUAGACUUGAUAGCUAGUGGUCCUACAACAGAGAAUACAGAUAAUCCAGAAGAUGCUUUAAAUAUAAUUAAAAAGUACAAUUUAUAUGACAAUCUUUCACAAUCUAUAAUAACAGUGUUAGAAAAGAAUUAUCAGCAAAAACCAUUUCCGAAAGAAAUAGUUACAAACUUUAUUAUUGGCUCUAAUAAACUGAGCACAGAGGCAGCGGCUAUUGAAGCUAUAGCACUUAAUUAUUUUCCAAUUCAAUUAUCAAAUAUUGUGACUGGUAAUGUUAAAGAAAUUGCACUUAAAUAUGCAAAUUUAACAAAAGCAUUUUGUGACUUUUUGAGUAACAAAAUCAAUGCACCAACAUUUAAAGAUAUCAUAGACAACUUGAGUAUACCAGGACUGAAUUCACAUUUUGUAGAUUCUCUUGAAAGUAUAAAAGAGAAAGAUAUCUGUUUAAUAUUAGGUGGAGAAAUUACUGUUGAGGUAAAAGGAAGUGGUUUAGGUGGUAGAAAUCAACAAUUAGCUUUAGAAUUCUCAAAUUAUUUGAAUGACAUAAAAAAUAAACUAAUCAAUUAUGAUAUUUACUUUCUAAGUGCAGGAACUGAUGGUAUUGAUGGACCAACUGAUGCAGCUGGAGCUAUUGGCUAUAUUAAUUUGAUAUCGGAUUGUGAACUUGAACAACUAGAUGUUAAUUCAUACUUGAAUAAUAAUGAUUCAUAUAACUUCUAUAAGAAGUUCAAAAAUGGAUCUCUACAUAUAAAAACAGGUCAUACAAACACUAAUGUGAUGGAUAUACAUUUAAUACUCAUUAAAAGACUAAUUAUAUAA